UUUCAUUUUAUUCUCUUUUUCCAUCUUUUUUUCUUUUCGCUUCCUUUUCUUUUCAUUUCAUUCUCUGUUUCGGAGAACUGCGGGGAAGGAUGGCACCUGAGAGAGAUUGGAGGGGUUGAUUAGGUUCCGGUAGGGAUCUUGUGCUAGUUGUGGUGGUGUGAGUUGGUCCCUUGAGGUUUUGAGAGCUUAAUCCUGGUAGAAAUAUGAUAUCCUGUAGAGUAGGGUUUGGGGAUUUUUCAUGGAAGCAAUUUUCAAUUCGCUAAAGGGAAAAAAAAAAAGGUUCCUGCGCAUAGGGGAGUUCAGAAGCCGCCGCGUGUCGCGAAGGGAGGCUCUGAACUCCCCUUUCAUCUAUUGUAUAGAUGUAUCGGAUUAGAACUCCUGGUUUCUCGACGCCGCUACUUCGCUGUUCCCUUCUGCUAUACCUUCUACAUUCUCCCCAUCAGAUCCCGCAGCUCCACGCCUCGCAACAAUAUAAACCAAGGUUCAUGGCUGAGACUGUAAAACAAGGUCAAAGUAAAUCUGAUUUUCUUCCUGAGAAGCAAAAUAUUUUGUACGAUGAUGGAAUGAAAAGGAAAGCUGAAAAUUCAAGAGCUAGAAAGAAAAAACGAUCUCGAAAAGACUUGGACGGUGUUGAAAAGCGUGGGGUUUGUUAUUUGAGCCGGGUUGCACCUCACAUGGAUCCAUCACAUAUCCGUCAAAUCCUCUCUCAAUAUGGAGAUAUACAACGCAUAUAUCUGGUUCCAGAAGAUCCUACAGCUCAAGUUCAACGCAAGCAGGCUGGUGGUUUUCGGGGAAAAGAGUUUUCUGAAGGGUGGGUUGAGUUUACAAAGAAAAGUGUUGCCAAGAGGGUUGCAAAUAUGCUAAAUGGUGAACAGAUAGGUGGGAAGAGGAGGUCAUCAUUCUAUUAUGACAUUUGGAACAUCAAGUAUCUAAGUAAAUUCAAAUGGGAUGACUUGAUUAGUGAGAUAGCUGAGAAGAAUCGUGUUCGGGAACAAAAGCUAAGCUUGGAGAUAUCUGCUGCAAAGAGGGAGCGUGACUUUUACAUGUCGAAAGUUGAACAGUCUCAUGCUCUGAAACAUAUGCAAGAGCGUAGAAAGAAGAAGCAGAAGGCUGAAGGUUCAGAAUCUGGUGAUAUGCUGGAACCCAAGGUCAUUCGCCAAUUUCAUCAAAACCGGCCGGUUGCUGACAGUAGUGUUCCAAGUAAACCAAGGCUGUCAAAAGACAUUUUAUCAGGGGUAUUUAGCGGUGGUUCAAAAUGAUUUUUGUAGCUAGCUAUUUUGGAAGAAAAAUUAUCGCUAACAAUUUCCAGGAGGAAGCAGUGUUGUUGCAUGUGAAUUGGCUUAUGAGCAAUCUUCAGGAAUUGGAGAUUUCAGCAAUCAAUGGUCAUCUCAAAGACAUUGGUUUCGGUAGUGGCGGCAUUGACAUGAUGAGAAAAUGUAAAACCCCAAAGAUUGGGUAAAAUGAACUUUUCUAUGUAUAGUUUGUGCUAUCAUUGAAGUGAACAAAGCCUAUCGUCUCUUCUUUCUUUCAAAUGAAAUAAUGCUGAAUUAAAUGAGCAAUGACUGACAAGGAAUACAGCCAGAACAAUUAUCAGAUGAAGCAUGAUGUCCAAUGUGGUUGGUCUUGCACCAC